AGUACAAAUAUAAGAAAGGCUUCUCUUGUGGUUCUACACCUGCCUUCUCCUCCACGCCACUGCUUUGGGGUAGCCAAGAUGAAGCUCACAAUUAUCUUUGCUGGACUUCUUGGCAUCUUUCUGGCUCCUGCCCUUGCUGAUGUGAUUGGCAGUGACAGCAGCAGUGCUGUAAGUGGGCAGCAGUCAGUGAGUGUCAACAACGACAAUAACGUGGCCAAUGUCGACAGUAACAGUGGAUGGGACUCGUGGAACGCCUUGUUGGACUACGGCACUGGCUUCGUUGCCACCAGAAUCUUUAGCAAAAAGGCAUGCAUUGUGCACAGAAUGAACAAGAACUACCUGCCGUCUCUGCAAGCCCUUGAUGUGCUGGUCAAGGAAAAGAAGCUUCAAGGUAAAGGACCUGGGGGACCACCUCCCAAGGGCCUGAUAUACUCAGUCAACCCUGACAAAGUCAAUGACCUGCACCAGUAUGGAAAAUCCAUUUCUGUCAUGUGCAAGGGGAUUCCAACGUACAUGGCUGAGGAGAUUGUAGGGGCAAGCCCGGCUUUUAACUCAGAAAAAUGCUUCAGUGCUGAUAUACUCUGGAUUCUGAACAUUUCCUUCUGUGGAAGAACAGUAGAGAAUUAAAAAAAAAUACUUGCCAUAGAUUUAGUCACUUGUAACUCCAUGCAGAAAACUCUAUGCAGAAAAAUAUGGGUUCUAAUGGUUUGCUUUA